UUAGGCCAAUAUCGCCGGAAGAAGUAAGGGCAGAUCAGCGGCAGAUGGAAGCUAAUCAACGACGAUCGAAGAGGGAAGCUCUUGGAGAAGGGUCUGAGGAUCCUCGCAGAAGUAAUAGCAUUCUUCAGAAGCUGAUGCUUAUGGGGUACAAGAAGCCCAGGGCUCCUUGUCGACGAAGACCCUGUUCAACGGCGACGAAACAGGGCAAGAGAGAGGUGGAAUUGGUUGGGGCGAUCUGCGAAGAGUCGAGCCUUGCCGAAACUGAGGAUACGUUCCAAAUUUCCCAGGAAGCUCGUAUGCACCCUCCAUUGGGACGACAAUACCUGAAUCGCUAAAUCCAAUUCGACCCAAAAGUGCUCUGGAAAGGGAAAAAUUUGAAGGAAAUUUGAGCUUAUUGGGUGGACUCAUUGGCGGUGAUUCGAUCCAAACGGCAAAUGCAGAAUCAAUCAUUAUCAACCCAAGAAGUUGUACAAAUGAAUCAAUUCGACUGGAAGUGCCUGAAUUAGAAACCCCCAAAUCUGAAUUACAGUUCCUAGGUUCGACGAGUUCAAACUUCGACAGUGGCGGGAAAUUGGGAAGUCGUGAUUCGACGGCGAACACAAUGAGUCGAAGGCCAACACCGGUCCAGAACUUCAAUUAGAAGUCAGGCGAAGCUAAUGGUGACCAUGAAUUGUGUUGUAGAUCCCUGAGGAAGAAAGCCCCAAUCUCGAAUCUGAAGAACAUUGCCAAGGUUGGCCAGAACUCUCAGUGUCAGCUACUAUCUUACGAUCCAAUUUAGGAGCGAUUAUGUGAUGAAUAUGAGAUCGGAAGGCCAAAGAUUUGAGGUCAAAGCUUUUUUUAUGGGGGAGGACUGAUAUGAUCUCAAUUUGGGCAUUAAAACGACUGGAAUUGA